CUGUAUUUUAAGUAAUGUUUUGAAACCAUCUUCAUUUAUUUCUAGUUAUAUGUUUGAGAUCUCUCUGCUGUUCUGUGUAUUAACAGUUCUUUUUAUUACUGAAUAGUAUUUCAUCAUUUGGAUGUACCACGUUGUGUUUAUCCGUUCUGCUAUUGUAGGACUUUGUGGUUGUCGCCAUUUUUCUUUCGCGAUUGUAUUCCUGCUAUGAGCAUGUCUGUACAGAUGUCGUGUGAAUGUAGUUUCCAUUUCCCUAGGAUAAAGACCUAGUAGUGGAAAAGCUGGGUCAUGUUCUGAACUGUUUUCCAAAGUGGCUGUUUUAGUUUGCAUUCCCACUGGCAAUCUGUCAUGUUUCUGUUGCUCUGUGUCUUAGUUAGCUGUUGGUGUUAUCGGUGAUUUUUAGUUGAGCCAUUCUAACAAGUCUAGUGGGAUCUCAUUGUGGUUUAAAUUUGCAUUUCCGUAAUGGCUAAUGAUGCUGAGUAUCACGUUCUUCUUUGCCACUCUUAUAUCCUCUGUGAAGUUUCUGUUCAGAUCUUUUGCACGAAAAAGCUGUAUCAUGGAACCAGUAAAAUAACCAAGGAAAGGUUGAUUAAAGUUCUGUUUAUAACCCCAGAAGAUUGCUGCCCUAGGGAUAUGGGAUGGCUGAACAUAGGACACCGACACUGGACAGAUGAAAUAGCAGUUUAUUAGUCACGCGUGCUCACAGCCCUGGAGGUGGGGGACACCGCAUGCCACACGGGGCCUGCACUUGGGAACAGAGUGAGCCACCAGGGGCUGUGGGAGGCACAUUUUGUAGUAAGAAGAGGGUGAGAUGACCUUGCUUCCGUGGGGAGAUGUGAUUGGCUUGUUCGAAUACCUCUGGGCCGGCAGGGAUGAGCAGGCUGGGGUCGGCUGUCUGUGAUAAGGAGGGUUGUUUGGCUUUGGGACCUUAUCCGUGGGAGCAGAGCUCAGAGGAGACCUUGUGGUUAGGCUAUUUGAGGCCUUCUUGAUUUUACCGACGUCAAGGCAGCACGUAAUAUUUAGUCUUCAUUUCAGGCCACACAAUACCUUCUUCUAUAUCUACUUUCUGUGGCACUUUUCAAAAGGUUUUUGUCCUUAGUGUUUAGCAGUUGAUUAUGAUGUGCCUAGUCAUGGCUUCCUUUGGAUUUAUGGUGUGUGGGCUUUGCACAGAUUCUUCAAUCUGCCUAGGUUUAUUUUUUUAUUCUUCAAUCUGCCUACGUUUGCUGAACUUAGGAAGUUUUCAGCCAUUAGUUCUUUGGAUAUUUUUUUCAGCAUUGUACCUUUUCUCUCCUGUUAUUAACCUGUGGGGUCUGUGCUAAUUCUAGGUAGGUAGUUUCAGAAUUGAAUUGCACUGUGGGACACAUAGCUGGGUGUCCCAGAGAACUGGAGAAUUACCUGGUGCAAAAGUCCAUCCAUUUGGUGUCAGAAGUGUUGUAAACAGAGGAACUGUUUCCUUAGAGAUUUUUAGACACUCAUUAUUUGUAAUCUGGAUGGGAUAUCAUGUCUUCCACUGAUUUAGAUACAUUUUUCUAAUUAUGUUGUUUAGACGGUUAGUAACAGCCUUGUGUGAUGGAGCGUGUUUACACGUCAAGAUUAAGGUUACUUCUCUCUCCUCUUGGCUUACUAUGUAAGGAGUCAUGACAGUUGUUUUGACGGAAACUUCACAUUGUCAGUGGCCUGAAGUCAUUGUUCUCAGCUUUUCCUUUGUGUCCCAGUGCUCUUGAGUUAUGCUCUCAGUGAUAGCGCCCCUGCAUAGCAGUGCUUCUCAGUUGGCAGUGGAGUAGGGCCUCGUAAGGAGUUAAAAGAUUUUUGAUUUAUGCUCCUGUUCUACACCCUCCCUUUCCCCAUGGAUACACAAGCAUUGGCCCACACUGGAUAAAGCAAUUGGUGUGAAAUUGAGGUGAUAAUGUGGAACAAAGUGGAACAAAGAAGAUCUGGAUGACAAAGAGAAAAAUGAUGAAGAAGAAACUCCUGCACCUGUGUACAGCAGAAGUCACUUCUGGACAGUUGGUUAUGGGGCAAGCAACCAGAUGUGAAUGAACCGAAGGAGUGUCUUUCUGUGCUGGUUAAAGAGCAGCAGGCCCUGGCCGUCCAGUCCGCCGCCGCCACCCUCUCAGCCCUGAGACUCAAGCAGAGGCUGCUGAUCUUGGAGCGCUAUUUCGUUGCCUUGAAUAGAACCGUUUGUCAGGAGAAUGUCAAAGUUAAGUGGAAAAGCAGCAACAUUUCUCUGCCUCCUGUGGACAAAAAAAGGGAUGUUCACGGAACGCCAGGCACCAAAGGGCCAGAAGCGUCCCCCUGCAGGAGCAGCACUUGGUCCUGGCCAUCCUGCUGGAGCCGGCUGUGCAGAGAGGCACGCUGAGCCAAAUGUUGUCUGCAUCCUGCUGUUGCUUCAGCUGUGGGACAGCGGGGCACAGGAGACUGACAAUGAGCGUUCCCACCCAAGGCACCAGCGCCCGCUUUUGCCCUUGCUGCAAAGGUUCCGGAGCAUCAUUUGCAGGCAGGAUACGCCCCACUCUGAGGGCGACAUGCACGUGCGGAUGCCGCGCUCGGGGAGGAGCAGGUGCGCGGGGCCCUGGGCCUGGAACCUCCAGGACUGCUGGUCCUUACAGCUUUUGUCUGGCCCCCUGAGCCCCAGCGAGUGUUUCCUGAGGUACCUCACCCUUCCACAAGACAACGAGCUUGCCAUUGAUCCGCGACAGACCGUGGUUGUUGUCAUGGGCCAUUUAGACCGUCUGGCUACGCUCUGUUUGCCUCCGCUGUGUAGUGCUCCGACGUCUCAUAAGGGAUCAUUGCAAGAGGUCAUAGGUUGGGGGUUAAUAGGAUGGAAAUACUAUGCCAAUGUGAUUGGUCCGAUCCAGUGCGAAGGCCCGGCCAACCUGGGAGUCACACAGAUUGCCUGUGCAGAGAAGCGCUUCCUGAUUCUGUCACACAGUGGCCGCGUGCACACACAGGCCUACAAUAGUGACACACUGGCCCCACAGCUGGUCCAAGGCCUUGCCUCCAGAAACAUUGUAAAAAUUGCUGCCCAUUCUGAUAGUCACCACUGCAUAGCCUUGGCUGCCACUGGAGAGGUGUACUCCUGGGCUUUGGGGACAGAGGACGGCUGGGCCAUGGGGACACUGUGCCUCUGGAGGAGCCUAAGGUGAUCUCCGCCUUCUCUGGAAAGCAGG